UGGAUUUAAUAGACUCACAACAAGAGAUUUAGUGCGUGUGUGUGUUUGAGUGUGUGCCUGCGCCAGCGACAGACUCUGCAGCGUAGUCUUCCUGGCACUAGAAGCGCUGUAGGUUCUAUCGUACUGGUGGCAUAAAGAAGGAAAAAACCAAAUCUACUUCCGGUUAGCAGGAGGACAUAUUUCACACAUUCGUCAGAUUACAAAAAAAUAUAUAUACAAGUAAAAAUAAGACACUACAUUUUACUUUGGCAAUAAUUUUCAUUUUGUUUAACCGUUGUUAAUGUUAAUAAAUUCCGAUAUAUUUUCUUCGAAGGCGAGAAAGAAUGGACGGGCAAAUAUCAGUAGGUUCUGUGUUUAUGUGCCGGCUGUGCAACCAGUUCUCUCCCAAUCACACACUGCUGCUGAACCACUGCUCCCAGUUGCACCCCCUUCAGGAGCAGCAUGAAGAUAUCAUUGUUGCUCUACAGCCUCUUGCAGGAGUGCCUUUGGAAACCCCAGCAGAGAUCCAGGUAAAGCGAAAACGAGGACGGCCAAAAGGCUCCACCAACAAAGCACACACAGGUCACAGGAAUGCCAGAGACGGCUCCACGCAGUCUCCAGAGGACAAAGACCAGAUACAAUAUGGGCCGAAACAAGAAGACAAAAAGAGUGAUGACAACAGGAUAUCUGAGCUAAAAUGCAAUGAUUGCCAUCGUUUGUUCAGCAACAAACGACAAAUUGUCAAACACAUCUGUCUGAAGAAACAGUAUGAGGAAGAAGAGGAUGAUUACACUGGAAAUAUUUUUCAACCUUCAAAGCGCAAGAAGAAAAGCCCAAUGCCUUCUGAUGGGCAAAAUGUCACCUCCAAAGAUGCCAAAAAAAGUAUCAUCAAGGUUGUUCUCACUGAAGAUGAAUCACUCCCAGGUGUUAUUCAAAUGACUCCAGUCGAGAAGACUAUUGAUAGUCCGGAGCACAUUCAUAUUGCGGAUAAAUCUCCGAACACUGCAGUUUCUCAGGAUGAGCAAGCAGACAAUCAGUCUGCUACAAGUGUUGGGGAAACCAAAGCAGAGCAGGUCCUAAGUUACAACAAUACAGAAUCAGUACCGGGAAAAGGCUUCCAGGAAUAUUCAAUCAAGCAAGAUGUUUGCAAUGAACUUCCCAGCCAACUGAAGGUCUUCGCCUGCGAGAUCUGUAAUAAGAUCUUCAAGUUUCGACACUCGUUGAUGUCCCACCUCAGGACUCACACCCAAGAGAAGCCCUUUAAAUGUCCACACUGUGACUAUGCCUCUACCAUCAAGGCAAACCUGACUGUUCACCUAAGGAAGCACACUGGAGAGAAGUUCAGUUGCCAACAUUGUGCUUUCAAAUGCCUCAACCCAGGACACCUCAAGGUCCACGUUGAGCGAGUUCAUCUGAAGGUCAAGCAGCAUUGCAGCUUCUGCCUAAAGAAGUACUCCGACGUGAAAAACUUGAUCAAACAUAUAGAAAAAAGUCAUAAUUUGAAAGACCCAAUUAUCUACAAGAGCUACAAACAAUUGAGGCUGAAGACUCGUCAUGGGCUCAGACAACUCCUCUACCACUGCCCCACCUGUAGCCGCUGCUUUAAGAACCAGGCAGAGCGCGAACGCCACUUACUAGUUCAUGGUCCUCAGCGGCCAUUUUCCUGCUGGCUCUGUGACCAAGCCAGAACCAGCUUGGCCACGCUAGCUGCUCAUGUCAGGAAGCAUCCAUUCUUGUAUCUAUGCUAUAAAUGUGACAGGAAGUUUGUUAGCAGUCAGAGACUCAAGAGUCACCUCACGGAGAGUCACCCUGAGCUGGAGCAAGAACAGGCAUUCACAGAGUGUAUUAAAAACAGCUUUUACCUGAUGAAUGAUGGGGAAAAUUUGUCAGUAGAUCAAGAAAAUGUGGGGAAAGAAGCAGGCUUAAUCAUGAAGGGAAGCACCAAGCUGGGAGCUGAGAGCAGAGAGGAAGUGUUAAGAACCAGUAAGGAGUCGAGUAAUGAUGAAGAUGAGCCACUGAAAGUGGCAGCAAUGGAAGCUACGAGGCAAGAGAAGGAGGGUGUUGAACUUCAGCAUAAGUAUGCAGAAUCAGAGUCCACAAGUGAAGGAUCUGCUCAGAAACUCCAACCCCAAACUGUCCUAGAGACACAGAAGGACACAUCUGUUGAAUCUUUGACAACAAAACACAAAUUCAGCUCUGCAGAUGCCAAUAGGCAAAGACACACCCCUCUCUCGGAAGACGCACCCACAGAUACCAGUAAUCAACUGGCUGAUGAUAAGACAUGUGACAACAUUCAAGAGACCAAUUUUAACCCUGACACACAUUUGCCUUCAGGACUUUCAGAAGUUGACACCCAAACUGUACAAUCAGAGAAGGACAUCCAAAUAAGUGCUUUCCAGCAGGUGCUGUCAUCUAUUCCGAAGACACUCCUCAAUAUGGAGAUUUUCCAGCGGCUCAGGAAAAUGUAUGGAGACCUGGAGUGUCAAUACUGUGGGAAAUUGUUCUGGUACAAGGUCCACUAUAACGCCCAUGUGCGAACACACACCAAGGAGCACCUACAUUAUUGCUCAAAGUGCAACUACUCGUCCAUCACCAAAAGCUCUUUGAAGAGGCAUCAGAAUCAAAUCCACAGUGGCUUGCUACUGCCAUGUUCUAGCCCAGGAUGUAAAUACACUACUCCUGACAAAUACAAACUACAAGUACAUCAGAGGACUCAUCAGCAGGAGGGAAAGGUUGCAUGUUCCAUUUGCCAUCAAAGCUAUCCAGAGCACAGACUUAAACGGCACAUCCAAAUAUCCCACCCUGAGACAUUACCAGUUAAAGGGCAGAUGGUGAAGCGAGCAGAGAAAUGCCCAUACUGUGAGUCAUACUACCUCAAGAACAGCACUGAAUUUCAACAGCACCUUUGGGCCCACCAAGGAGUGAAACCUUUGAAAUGCAAUAUAUGUGACUAUGCAACCCGCAGCAGGUAUAAUUUGAAAAAUCACAUGAACCGACAUAUCACCGGAAAAUCUUAUACAUGUGACCUGUGCUGUAAAAAGUUUAAAUCCAAAGUGUCGUUGAAGAACCACAGACUGAGCCACACCAACCAAGGGAAGAAACUUAAGUGCUCAGAAUGUGACUUCAGUUCAGGUCUCAAGGCUGCUUUGUGCAGACACAUGGAGCAGCACGCUAGUUUUAAGCCAUUUCAUUGUGCUCACUGCCACUACUCCUGCAACACCUCUGGUCCUCUGAAACGACACUACAAGACAAAACACCCAGGGCAGGAAUAUCAAAAUGUCAGCGAAGGACUCUCAGAUGCAGAACAUUCCACGCAACAAGGCACCAAGUGCCCUGAAUGUACUUAUGUUUAUGGCACCAAAUGGGAGCUGAAUCGACACAUGAAGAAUAAGCAUCGUCAAAAAGGGGUGGAAUGCACCUGGGAGGUAGAAGAGACCGUAGAGAGCCAAUUUGUGCCUUUGGUGCAAGGAGAGGAGUUGGCAGAAGAACAUGUGGCUGCCCUACAAGAUAAUGGGACUGAUAAUAUUCUUCAGAAGAUUGUUGAGUUAAGCUCAGAAACUCAUGAUGCCAUCGCUUCCAUGGUUGCUAUGGCUCCUGGCACUGUUGCAGUGGUAGAACAGGUAGCAGAUGAGGAGGAAGUCGGUGACCACCAACUGAUGGUUGUGAACGCAGAUGGUGAUCUUUCUGGUGAGCAGGUGGUGGUAGUAGAGGAGGGACACGGACUGGAGGCUCUCACGGUCCUCACUCAAGAUGACAACACUCACCACUAUAUUGUUUAUGUGCAGGAACAAACUGUGGAAAUCUAAAACUGGUAAUGCUUGAAUUUCAUAAUUGACUGUUUAUAUCUUUAUGUUUGUAAUUCAUUAACAAUAUUAUACAUACUUUGUACAUUCAUUCUGCAUGUAUUCCAUUAAGCAGUCCAGUCUAUAUAGUGCCACAGAUUAAUAGCUUGAUUAAAGUGCAAUACUUCAUGACACACAUUUUUACCUAAA